AUGCCACGAACACGUCCACAAUUGUCCAUCACCCUCCCUCGCAAUUUUACCUUUCAUUACACAGAGGGCGAAGAACCCAAGACUCCGGAGCGAGAAGUACCAAUACCCGUGCCCCAGUCUCCUCGACCAAGCAAUGCCUAUCGCUUCAAGCGGCGGUCUCGCCCCGGUGUGAAUUCGAUUUUCCAGGACAACAAGGGUUCUAUUAGCUCCAGCGAUAUCCCAAUCCCAACUAUCGAGACGCCCAUUGUGGUGGAGCCAACAAGGCCGGUAGUCCAGCAACGAGCCACCGAACCAGCAGAGGGUUACCUCGCGCCAUUCGCAACUCGACCAUUCAUGACUCUACCACGCACUCCUAUACAACAGCAACGUCGUUUGGCUUUGGCAGAUGGCUGGAACGCCUCGAUUCAUCAGGAUCUAGGCGAUAGCAUUACUCGUCCCAUGUCUACUUGCUCCUUGCUCUCAGACUCUUCGGAUGAUUCAAAUGGCAGUCUGACAUCAUAUCCUGCUGGAGACGGCAGUUGCACGAGCCCAGAGAGCGAUGCACCGGAUCCAUUUAAAUUUGCUUCCAUCAGAAAAAGCAAAGCCAAACAAUGGGCAACGCUUGCGAGAAACGACGACUCUAUCCAGAGCGGUCUGUCGACUAAACAAGUUCGAGUGAACUGGACGCCCGAAAUGGACAAGCAUUUGUGGUCGAUUUACCACGUGUACCUCCAGGAUCCCACAGUAACGCCAUUCAAGAUGCUGCCCGGUACCGCUCCGCCUCUCGGAGUAUGUCAUCGCGUAGCUAGAGAAGCGAAAAGAAGUUGGCGUGGUGCGAAGACGAGCCUACGGAAUCCUUCUUCAAUGAUUAGUCCACCUAAUGUGGAUGACCGCUUUAAGGCAGCAGCGACCUUUGCUCGCAGGCCUGGUUCUCCGGACACCAUCAGAGCAGAUCGAAGUGGUAGCAACACCCCAACGGGGUCGGCCACUGUCAAAGCGCCAUUGUGGCCUAAGUCGAGUUCUUCGACAAGACGACGACUGCGUCAUCUAUGCAAAUCCAAACCUACCAUCGCACCUCACUACCAACGUCUACUUCAAAGUCGAAGCCCCUCACCUUUCUCCUCUAGCUCGCGCACUCAAUCUCGUUCUCAGUCUCGUUUGUCCGAAGUGUGCAGUCCUUUCGAAAAGCAGACAUCGUCCUUCAACACACGUGAUAUUCAGCUAUCCUUGACCACCAGCACGGCGGCUUCUAUGCAGCCACACGGCCCACUUGCAAAGUUAGGUUCCGAAGAUGCGACAAGUUCACAGCCCCAGCAAGAGUGGUUCAACGAGCCUCCAGUACCUUGGGCAUCACCAACUGCAAUCCCGUCAGAUGUGAUAGAUGUUGAUGUUGGCGGAAACGAAGAAUCGAUGCUCGCUCCACCGCCGCUCGGCUCUCCGUUUGGCUAUCAUACCUGGGGCCCAAGUCGAUCUCGUCAACGUAUUCGUCCCAGUACCUCAAGGAUCCACUCGAGUGAUGCCUCCACCCUCGGGCCAUCACUCAGAUCGCCGGUCCGGUUCUCUGACACGUUCCCGUAUCCAGGAGUUCAAAAAAGACGUGCUCUUUAUCCACUGGAGGACGAGUUGAGCCCAGGAGGUAGCAACAUGCAGCAAAGUCUGCUCGACAAUCUAUUCGGAAGCCCUGCUGAAGGCCGCCAUCGCCGUGUUCGAAGUCGCGGUUUCAGUCUCGGCGACGUCAACACGCCCAAUCCCCUCGAAAGCCUCUUCACUCCUCCACACUCUCGAGAUGGUAUGGCUGGCAUUCCAGAUGCUACACCACCAGGCCCAAGCUCUGGUCCCGCUGAGCCACGAACUCCGAUUCGAACAAUACGGCGCUUGGGAUCGCCAUUCCAUCUUGUUCCUGCGACCCCGUCUCGGGGGUCAUCACGACAUUUGGCGACAAUGAGUCUGGGAGGACACGAACAUUUUACUUCUAUUGGCGAGACGCUGGGUCAAGCAAACAAAAGCAGACUCCACAACCCGACGUGA